AUGGCUGCCACCGUUCGUAUUUGUUCGUGUGUAAGAAAUCUCAUGAAAGCAACCCCUUGUUUCCAAGGUGUCAGGUCUCAGAUUGGAACUAUUGCAAGAAUAAGAGUUUUUUCUACAAGUGAUGAAAUAGAAUCUAAUCCUUUUUACGAUAAAUACGCGGAAAGAAUCAAGAAAGUGAGGAAUGAGAUCAAAGACGGCAGAAUGUAAGUAGUAAUGUUUACUUUGUUGUGCAAAAUAUAAGUAAAAAAACAGGGCAGUUGCUAAUUGUACGGGUAAGAUUUCUGAAUAACGCCAUACUAUAUCAUGCAUACCGUUCUUGGAUAAGGAAAACAAUGGCAAAAACAGGAGAUUGCCUUUAGAGCUCAGGAAGUUUUUUAGAAUAUUAUGGGAAAUCUUUCCACAAAAACAGCUAAUCAGAACAUAAGAAUAUGCUAGCAGUCGUACAUUCGACGGUAUUAAAACCAACCAUCCCAAUUUUUAACCCUUAAACCUAGAGUGACCAGCAUCUACUUUCUCCUUAACGUAAUACUGCUGAAUCAUUCAGUAAGAUCAUGAAAAUAGAGGAAAUGACCACCCACAUAAGAAACUUUGAUUGUUAAAUGAUUUCUCAGAGUCAGUUCCAGUAGAGAUGUGUAGGGAAUAAUAAGGAGAAAAUGGAUACUGAUGUUAGGGUGUAAAGGUUGAAAGUCUCUUCAUACUUUUUUUUAAAGAAAGGACAAAAGCAUGGAGGAGAAGUUUCGUGUUGACACAAAAGCUAAAGAGGAAGCUGAAAGAUUCAAGAAGAAAGUCCAGAAAAAGGUAACUGGUUUAAAUCUUAUGAGUGAUAAAUUGGUAUAAAUUAUAUGAAAGUUGGGUAUACUCUACUAGUGACAGCACUGUCACUGAUGUUGUCUUACCCAAUGAUACAGCAUAAGGCCUGAGGUGGAUUGUUAAGCUAGGAGUCUGAUAUAUAGUACAGACACUUAAUGACAAAAAUCUUGAGGGGUUUUACUGAAUUUUUCUACAAGUGGCACUUAAUGGUGUGGGAUAGGCAGCUGCGCCAAAAGGCUAAACGCAAAUAGACAAUCCUGCUUGCAGGGUAAACAGACAGUGGUAAGAGGCAGUGGCAGUUUUAUUGAAACCUCUGUGACACCUAAAGAGCAUGGUCCAUGAAUGAUGAAAUUCAAUGGAUUUAUUGGAAAUGUGCAUGCAGAUGCAUAAUCAGUAAUUCACCUUUCCAUUAUUCAUGGAUUCUUUUUCUGUGGUAAUCCUUUUCUUACAGGAAAGCUUGGAUAACUUCUAUCAUUCAUGAUGGUUGUUAUCAUAUAUGCCCCAUAUUGCUUAAAGCCUGUGGGUAUCACUGUUAAUUGUUAAUGUUUUCUAGGUGUCAAUGUUUUGGCAAUCUGGUAAACACAACAACUUGAUGUGUACAUACUGUAAAUAUACUGAAUCAAUGUAGAAGGUUAAGCCAGCAGAAGAAACAGACUCUUAGAUGUUUUGGAUUAAACAGUAUUGUGGAGACCCAUUCAAGCAACCAUUCCUGAUGAAUAAGAACACCAAGAGACACCAAACAACCUGUUAUUGUUGAAAAUUAAAGUUACUGACUAGAAAGGCAAAAACAAUGUGUUCAAGUUCUAUCUUUAUUUUAACUUAAAUAAUAUACUCUUAUCAUUUAUUUAUAAACAGAAAUGUUUAAUUUUGACUUGACAGAGCUCACUUCUUGGAAGCAAUCCCUUGUCAUCCAGUGGAGAAAUGUCAACAUAUGGACAGAAGGUUUGAUUUGGUUCAAUUGAUAAUUGAAGGGUUUGUUUGAAUGUAUGCAAGUUUUUUCCAAGUCUUCCACAGAAAACAUGUUAAUGUCAUAAAUGAAACCACUUUUGUAUUAUACCCUCCAAAUAAUAUGUGCUUCUUGACUGAAUGGGGGGUGCCUCCAGUUUGGCCUGACCAAACUCAGUCAAUGACCAUGUUAUUAGACAUGAUUACUAAUAAGUAUGAAACAUUUCAAAAAUUUUAUUUCAACCUCGAUAGGAUGUACUUGUAUUCAAAAGAAGGGUGUACACUCAACAACCACUUAAAACAUUCUGCAGUUACCUUAAAAACUUUUCCCUUUUUUCUUAGAGUCAAAACAAACAACUCACAAUUAUUCAAGAAGAGUGACUCAUUUUCUCAUUCAACAAAUUCAAUUCACAAUCUCAGAAAAUGUGAAAGAGCCUUGUGAGUGCAAGGUGGGAUGGCUUUUUCUGGACUGGCUUGUGUCAACCUGUUUGUGCCAUGUACACACAUCAAAAUUCAUUAUUAAUAUUUUUUCUGAUUUGAUCAAGUAUAUUUUUAAUUAGCAAUUGCUAUUCCUGUUCUUCAUUUUCCAGACAUUGAACUCCAUUAUGCAUCUGGAUAAGAUUAUGGACAAAAGUGCAGAUGAGAUUGGACAGGUGAGAACUUCAAUAAAUUUGAAAAAGAUCCUUUUUCCCUUCUAGUUAUGAUCUUCUGAAAUAAAUAGAGACAGUGGAAUCGAAAUUCCUAAAGCAAGGAUCCCUAUUAUCAAAACAUACAACAACCAAUCAGUCUUUGAAAGCUGACCUAUGAGGGAAGGACAUUUGGAAGUUGGAAUAAUAAUGAUGAUCGAAUUGCACCAAUGACAGCAUUCUAAAACACACCAACGACAGCAAACUGCAUAAUGUUGUAAAUAGUGGCUUGAAUAAAGAUUGUCUUGUCUUACCAACCUUGUAUUUUCCGUCAGUACUGUAAGUUAUGGAAACUAAUUUUUUUCUUUCGAAUUAUGUCCUGCAAGCUUUGUGCUUGUAUGGACAGUAUGGACCUUGAACUCAGUUAAUAAAAAGGUAUUUUAUUCUACUUAUGUGUCUGCAGAUCUGGAGGGAAUAUCACAGGGACAAGGACUGUAUCAGCGCUGUCAUCCCAGUGAGUGAGAAUCAAAGCUUUCUCAGAAAAAUUGACUACUUGAUAAUAAUUACAGUGUUCCUUAUGCUGACUAUGUAUCUGAAGUCAAGGUUUUUUAAUUAUAAUAUUGUACCUAAUUGCAAGGAUUCUAAUUGAGGUACCAGUGCAUUUUAGGUUUGGCCAAAUACGAUCAUUUUGUUUGUGGUUUUUUUUGUAUCUAUAACUGAGAUGGGUGAUGCUUAAGUGAUAGCCUGCCCUUUUUAUCAGUUUACUGGCAUAAUAACCCACACAGGAUAUUGAAAGAAUACAGGCAAAACUUGUACAUCUUUUUUUUUCUCCUUUGUAGAGCACUGUAUAUGACAGGAUGGAAGAGCGAUUUCUCAAGUUUCCACUGGUAAGUGGAUGUCAAUAGUUUUUAGACAUCACUUUUAACACAGUUGACAGUUGUUUUCUUGUUGUGGAAAAUUUCUUAUGUUUGUAAAAUUCAAACAACAAUUUUCUCUUCCUACUCCCCUCUCCCUGUCUAUCUUUUUUGUAUUUGUGUGCGGCAAAUGUGAUUUACAAACAUGAGCCAAUCAUGUCUUCAGACUUAAACUUUGGCAUUAGAAAUUGUUGUAGACACUUUCGAGUACUCUUGUUUUGUCUUGUCUUGUUUUUUUUUUUUGCAAUUCCAGUUUUAGUUUUUGAGCUUUCUUUCAUUGCAAAGUUGUUACCUGUUUGUUUUGGAAAAUAAGAAGUUUCAAAAUGUCUAGUGAAGCCAAAUGGUGUAGUUAGUUCAAUAUUAAGUUAGUUAUAUCUUUUUAAUCACAGGGUUGGGAUCUAGGCUCUUUUUUUGUGAAUUCAAAUUAGAUUUUUUACACCUGCUCAUGAAAGUUAAGUAGAAUUUAUCCUUUAUUGUUACAGAGUCAUAGAGAGUUACAGUAUUCAAGCACUGUUUUCGUUGAUAUGCACUUAAAAAUAACUCAUGUUGUUUUAACACAUGAAACAGUCAGGAUACUGUCUUCAGCAUAUCCACUCAACUUUUUUUUUAAUUUCAGUUCCUCUACCCUCUUCCAAGAGAACAGGGAUAUGAAUACGUGUAUUCCGAAUUCAAAGACCACAAGUGCUAUUUCACUUCUCUCCUUCAUUAUCAAGUAAGAAAGAAUCAUUAUUGUGCCUUUAUAACUCUGCUUUGUAACCACUUGAGUUACCUGAUAACCAGGUGGACAGUGAAUAUGCGUUUUUGUCAUCAUUAUCCUCGUCUUCAAUUAUUCAGCUCAGGUUGCCGGCCUGAAGUAAAGUAUUUGUUUUCAAUGGAGUGCUGAAUGUAAUCCGAUUGAUGGUUUAGCGUAACCCUGCUCUGUGAUUGGUUUAGAAAUCUCCCGCCAACCUCUCAACCAAUAAGAUUCAAAACGUGGACCAAACUGCGUCUUUCUCAUUCGCGUUUUCCCGUGCAUUACCUUGUUCUGUGAUUGGUUCAGGAAAAUCUCCCGCCAACCUCUCAAUCAAUGAGAAUCAAAACAGAGAUCAAUUGCGGCUUAGUCACUUGCGUUUUUCUGCGCUUUACCUCAAAACGUGGACCAAUCGCGACUUGAUCACUCGCGUUUUCCCGCGCUUGAGGCAGUUUGCUCGUUUUUGCCUUGAGUUUUUAUUUGUUCCCUGUGAUAUUUUUCCUUGUUCUGAUUGGCCGAUGUUAGAGCUUUGGUUUUGUUUUCAAGAAAAUUAUUUGAUAUGCGCUCGAACAACAGUUUUUAAGAUUCUCCCCAACCGACGGUCACUUCAUUACACGCUGUUAGAAGGAGUAGGAAUUAAUUCUUGUCCACAAAGCAAACGGGGAAUAAAAUGAUUAUUCUGAUAUCAUCAUACCUUCAUUUCUUAUCUGGCAGCUUCCAUCCUUCGCUCACUUUGAGCUGGAUUCCUUCCAGGUUGACGGUUUUUUGAGAAGGAAGAACUUUUUUCUUCACUUGGAAAGAGCAGUUUGGUUUUCUACAUGUAGUACUGCAAAAUAACGGAACCGUUGCUAAAUGUAUCAUCUAGACUUCAGCACGAAAAAAAAUGUCCACAAACUGCUUUUCUAUACCUUUUUGCCACCAUGUAAUCUUCUUCUCGGGAUUGGUAAUAGCUCAAUGUGACUCCCAUUCUGAAUUUUCACCAGUGUAAAAAACUUUAAGGGAGGGUUUGGUAGAAAUCUAGAGUUAAGGACCUUUCAUUGCUUUGAUCACUGCUUUCACGGAGAGAAAAUUUAUCUUUUAUGACGUAACAAACAGAGUAUUUGCGCGCGCAAUUACCAGCCAAUGAGGUAGAAACGCGCGAGCAGUUGUAAGCCAAUAGGAUUAAAGCCCGCGAGAAGUUAUCAACCAAUGGAAUAAAAGCGCGCGUAGUGUCUGUCAUUAUUGUUAGUGAUCAAUUUGAGUGGUUUUGAAAUGCAAUUUAUGUACGGAAACAUCUGAGAUUGCAUACAACUAUGUCAAGAGACACUCAUGGAUUUAUGAUUAUGCGUUAAAUCCAUAUCGAAAUUUGUGGGCGAAAAGAUAAAUUUUUUUGAUCCAAUCAUCUAGGAUUGGUUUACUAAAGAAGAGAUGGAUUACCUCAAUUUUUCUUUCCUUGGAUCCGCGAUGGAUUCCAAAAGCAACCCCUUGCGAUUUGGUCAAAGGCGUUUUCCCGCGCUUUUGACCGGUGAUGUGUGUAUACUCUGACUUCUGAUUGGUUCCUUGUGAUAGUAUCCUUUGCUCUCAUUGGUCCUCGGGAGCACUUUUGUUUGCCGUGUUUCACAACAGUGGAAAAGUAUUCUUAUCCAUAUAACCUUUUUUUACAGACACGAGGCGAAAACGCACCCUGGUCUCUGGCUAUCAAACAUUUCACAGACAUCAGAGAAAGUAAAGGUCGGUGGUUAUAAUUUUUUUUAUGUAGUAUAAUUGUUGAAACUGGUCAACUACUUUGCUAUCUUAAGAAAAAAAACUUAGAGUUGAAGAUUUAUUACCGCAUUGAAUUCACUUUCCUUCUUUUUAUUGCAGGAAUAGUGCUGAUGGUCGGGGAAAUUGAUACAAAUGAAAUGGUCAGUGAGUGAGAUCAAUCAAAUGUUAUUCUUUUGGUUUGUGAUUUUCAAAUACUUUGAAAUCAAAUGAACACAAAAGUGUUUAAUGCAGAAGAAGAGCGGAUUACAAAUGGCGAAGGUUUGAAAAACACGGUUCGGAUUUUUGCAGUUACACUUCUUGCGAAUCAGUGACUUCAAUUUUAAUCAUUAUUGUCCAAAAUCAGAGCUUCUUGAUAUCUGAGAAAAUACAUUUAAAAGUAACUAUUACAAAACCCUCUUAUUCUUUCGAACUAACACUGCUCUUUGCGCUUGCUGUCACUGACGGCAUUUACGGCCUCGACUCUCAUUGGCUCUUUUUGCUGAACCAUUGAUCCUGAUUGGCUGUUAUUUUUUUUGGCGUUUAUUAACCUCGACCCUUAUUGGCUCUCUGUACGGUGUUGGUUCUGAUUGGCUGUUUUUGUUUUUAAUGCAGAGCGUGUUGGAUGCUCAGUGGCUCGCUUACCAAGUUCAGAUGUAUUACGCCUCGGAGAGUGACCGCAGAGAGGAUAUUCUCAAAACAUUUAACAUCUUCCCAGAUAAAUUCGAUCACAUGACAGUGGUCCGGGAACUGAACUCUGAAAUUGAAAGUGGGGUCACGAUAGGGACUCUCAAUGAAAAAAAAUGAGCGUUUGUUUGUCCAGAAUUACAGAAAGUCAAGAAGAAUAUUUCAACUCGAUGCAAGUUUUGUUCAUUUUAAGUCCGUUCUAAACUUGUACGAUUUUCACAACCUUUAAAAUACAUUAAAACUUUUGAACAGAA